ACGGGUUUGGGGUAAGUCCUUCGCGAUAAAACGGCUUGGGUAGCAACAGACGGCUUAGAAAGGCUCAGAAGCUUCACCAACCCUACCGCUACUCCCUUCGGAGCCCACCAAGUUAGAACCUAUGGUACAUCAAGCACCCCAUAUAUUUGCCGGCUGCACUAACUUGACGACCCAUAGCGGACACUGUUGUCAAGGUCCCACAGAUGGCCGAGUCUAUCACCGAAGGCACCCUGAAGCAGUUUUCGAAACAGGUCGGGGAUUACGUUGAACGAGAUGAGGAGAUUGCGACAAUCGAAACUGACAAGGUACGAACGCUUAAUGACCAUGAAACGUGGACUUUGAGAUACUCCACGCCCAGCAGCCGCUUACCCGUUCUAGAUUGACGUCUCCGUCAAUGCCCCAGAGUCUGGCACGAUCAAG